GCCAACCAGCCCUUGGACAUGCUUAAAGGUAAGCGAGGCUUGGACUUGGUCGGAUCAUGAGCCAAGUUUGGGCCAGGUCAGACCUAGGGCUAGCCGGCAGACCUUGGAACAACCACCCAGACCUAGGUGGUUCCCGGCUUAUCGGUGCCGGAGGGGAAAAUGAAGGCGAAGGAGUUGUGUUUUAGGUUGCUGUAUCGGUGCCGGAGGCGUAAGCUGAAGAUGUUGCAGAAGCAGAGAUACUCGGAGCGCCAAAGGAUUACUUCCGCCCUUCUUGCUACCUCUGCCUAUGCUUUACCAGGCCCCCUUCGAAUUCCAAGGGUUCCACUUUCUUCACUCCUUCCUUUCACCUCUUCUCCCAUACAUGUACACUAUACCUCUUGCGCUUCUCUUCCCAAUCCUCUCCCACUCCUCAAUUUCAUGUCAAUUCGCUGCAUUUGUUUUCUGCCUCCGUCUCCUCCCUCUUCCAUUCCCUGGAAUUCUAAUGAACUUGAGGACGCAAAUUCUACUUCUAAGUUCACCGUAGAAGCAGGUAACGGUUAUCAAACCCUUUAUCGUGUUCUUGAAGCCUGCAGACUCUCCCCCUCGAAUUCCAAAACCGCUUCUGAAACGCAUGCAAGAAUGAUUAAAUUUGGAUAUGGAAACUACCCAACUCUCGUCACCUCUCUAGUAUCAGCUUAUCAACGUGCCGAUUGCCUUAAUCGGGUCCAUCAACUUCUUAAUCUACUCUGCUCUAAACAUCUUGAUUUAGUUGCAAUGAACUUAUUUAUUGACAAUUUUAUGAAAAUAGGGGAAUGCAAACUUGCUAAAAGGGUGUUUGAUAAAAUGCCUUACCGUGAUGUGGUAACGUGGAACUCAAUCAUCGGAGGUUGUGUGAAGAAUGCACGGUAUGAGGAGGCAUUUAAAUUCUUUAGGCAGAUGCUGAACUCAAAUAUCCAGCCGGAUGGGUUUACAUUUGCUUCCGUGUUGAAUGCAUGUGCGCAGCUCGGAGCUCCAAGUAACACUCAGUGGGUUCAUGCUCUGAUGACUCAGAAAAAAAUUGAGCUUAAUUCUAUAUUGAGUUGUGCACUCAUAGACGCCUACUCAAAGUGUGGCAGCAUCCAAAUUGCAAAGGAAAUCUUUAGCAGCGUCCCUCGCAGUAACAUCUCAGUUUGGAAUGCGAUGAUCAAAGGGCUUGCGAUUCAUGGGCUUUCAAUGGAUGCAUUAUCGGUAUUCUGGAUGAUGGAGCGUGAGAAUGUUCUGCCUGAUGCUGUCACCUUUUUGGGUAUCUUAACAGCCUGCAACCAUGGUGGCUUAAUUGAACAGGGUCGCAGGUUUUUUGAUUGGAUGAAAAACCGUUAUUCAAUUCAGCCACAGCUCGAACAUUAUGGAGUCAUGGUUGAUCUGUAUAGCCGAGCUGGGUUUCUCGAGGAGGCCUAUUCCAUAAUCGUAGCAAUGCCCAUAGAGGCAGAUGUUGUGACAUGGAGGGCGCUUCUGAGUGGUUGUAGAAUUUACAGAAAUCAAGAACUCGCAGAAGUUGCUAUUGCAAACAUGUCUCAUCGUGGGAGUGGAGAUUACGUGUUGCUAUCAAAUAUCUAUUGUUCUCUCAACAGAUGGGAGCAUGCAGAGAGAGUUAGAGAGAGGAUGAAAAGCAAUGGAGUUCGCAAGAGUUGCGGAAAAAGCUGGAUUGAGUUGGGAGGUUCCAUUCAAAGCUUCAAGUCAGGUGACCGAUCGCAUCCAGAAAGCGAUGCAGUGUACAAGGUGGUGUGGCGUUUGAUGAAGAGAAGUCGGUCAGAGGGAUAUAUGCCUGUGACAGACUUGGUUCUCAUGGAUAUCUCUGAGGAGGAGAAGGAAGAGAACUUAUCAUAUCACAGCGAAAAGCUGGCAUUGGCGUAUGCGAUCCUGAAAACUGGUCCAGGGGCAAAAAUCAGUAUAUCAAAGAACCUACGGAUGUGUGAUGAUUGUCAUAGAUGGAUAAAACUAGUUUCAACACUGCUGUGCAGAGUUGUAGUAGUGAGAGAUCGGAUCCGGUUUCAUCAAUUCGAAGGUGGCAUGUGUUCCUGUGGUGAUCGUUGGUAGUUUGGUUUGGUUUGUUGUUUUAGUCCUUUUUUAACUACAUUUGGUAGGGUCGCAUUGAAAGACAAGUUAUAUAUUUUAGUUUGGUUCAGACUUUUGGACAACGAAACCAUGUUUGGUUGAAUGAGGGAUCAAUUACAAUUCCUCCUUAUGCUCCUCCUCAGGAAAUGCAGGCCCACCUCAUGAUUGGAGGCGUCCCUGUUAUUUGUAUAGAUGAGAAAGAUUGUUUGCAUGUUUUGUAUUGUAUUGUAUUGUAUUGUAUUGUUUGAACAUAGAUUAUAAGUAGGAAGGAAGAUUGUUUUU